GUUGUGCCGUAGAAUGCAUCCCUGCCGUAGAGUACACCCCUGACGGGAGCGCUAUUGAAAGUACACAACAAGGCAAAAUAAUCCAAGUUUUCCUUACAAUUGGAUGGAUUUAAAAGCGUGUGCCUUUAAUGAUUUCAUCCAGGCUAUUCAGAUAAACCGAAAACAAUAGCCCUCUGAUUCGGAAUAUUUGCUGUCCCGGAAAUAUAAUGUUCUCUACCUUGAACAUCUCUAUAUGUGCAUUUUUGAGACACAUAAAAACAGACCGAAAGUUUGCUGCUUCAUUUAACAUGUUGUUAUGAUCCAAUAUUCGUACUUUUUAAAAAUAUGAGCUCAUUUUCUUCCAUUUUAAGAUGCUAAUGAGUGGAUGGGACGCAGGGGUGCACUCUACGGCAGGGGUGCAUUUUACGGCAGAACACCGGAGCAAGAAAAAGAAGCUAGGAAGGGAUCAAGGAAACCUCUAGCAUCGUAGAUAAACACCCUGAAGAGGUGUGAACUCACUCAGCGAGCUCACAGCUGUCACAAUACCAGGAGGACAGUAAAAAAAGGCCCCAAAGAGACGUCGAUACAGCGAGGGUCAACAUGUCUGAGACAUACGGUACGUUUGAGCUGACUGUAAUUUCAUGCUUUGCUAGCUGAUGGUAGGAUGAGACGAGCUGGCUAGUUAGCAAGCUACAUCUUUUAGCUUCUUCUAGCUGCCACCUCAUCAUGUCUGUAAUUAUAAAUAGUCAUGAUUAAUGUUCGUUAUUGUCGUUUAAUUUAAAAUAACGGGUAUGGUUCAAGUGACAAGUCUGUAUUAAGCUGACACCUUUGUCCAACGGUGGUGGCGGAAACACUGCUUCCUCAAACGGUCACUGAGCAGACAGAUCUCCAGGUAAAGUUGACCAAACUUAGGGCUCGAAGCUCCAGCACUGUGCCAUGUCAUGAGGUGUGUGUUUGCAGACGUGGAGGUAACCUGAUCGCUGCGUCGGUGACCUUGUAAUCUGUUAUAAAGCUGCAUGCAGACAUAGGUGUUGGAUGUUUGUAUCAAAGAGGUAGAGCUAUCAACCACAAGGCCUGCAUGAGGAAGUUAAAUAACUGUGGCUAAAAAAACACCCAGAGAUUACCUGUGUGUGGAGCAGCAGAUGUCAGGUGCACGUCUUCCUAUUUUGUCUUCAACUGUGCUGACACUAGAUGCCUGUCUAUGUGUGUGUAUGGGCAUGAUUAACAACCACAGGGAUGUUAGGAGUAUUCCUGAGACAUUUAUUAAACAUGACUCCACCUGAUAGUAUCACUUGGCCUGACACUGUAGAUCCAGUUGUUUGAAAUGGCAAACCAUCAGACACUCUUUUCCUCCCUCUCUCUCUCCAUCUGUUUGCCCUGUCUCUAUCAUCCCUCGCAUGAAACUUCAUCCCAGUGGGCAGUGUUUGUGUACAAGUGCCAGAGAUAAUGGUAGCAGUAAUAGCCUUAUAUUGAUUACCGUCUCAGCCUCCUGUGCUGUCUCCUCUCCUUGUGGGCCUCUGGUGGAGCUGGAAGAGAGCAUUAUGAAAACAAUAAACACACGAGCAGGUUAAAUGAUUGCGAAGGGAAUGAACAGCACUUUCAUUCAUUUCUCAUUGGCGGUACAGGCGAGAAGUCUUUCAGUAUUCCAUCAAAUCUCACAAAUAAUCUUUAAUCUUAAGCAAUUUAAAUACUGAAAAUAAGGGCCCAACCAAUAUGGAUUUUUUUGGCUGAUGCCGAUACCGAUUAUUAGGGGGGAAACAAAUCCGAUUACCGAUAAAUCGGCCGAUUUUUUAAAAAUAUUUCUUAUGAAGUAUAAAAAUAGCUCGAUCACGUAAUGUGUACUGUUGUUUAUUCUACGCUACUGGCACGGCUAACAGUGUAGCAAGGCUAAUAGCAGAUGGCUAACUCUAACUUUAGCUUGCAUAGUACAUGGUGCUUCACCGUUAACUCGGCGUGACUGAGACCAGCGCAGCGAGGAACAUGGUGAAGUGGGUUGAACUGAAACUUGUUGACUUAUUGUGUAUUUCACAAACUGGUUUAUUUACCAUUGAGGCGGGCCACUCUCCUCCGUGCGUCCCUGAGCUGCCUGCGUCAGAUCCGUCACUCUGCUGUGUUGUGAGGUAGUUAGUGGAUGAAGAUUGUCAUUAAGUCGCUGCGCCAUCUACUGGAUAAGUCAGGGGAUCUUUCAAAUGGCGGGAAAUAUUCGAAGUGAAACCGAAUCUUAUUCUCUGCAUUUUAUUUCUGAAAAUAUCGGCGAAAAUCUGCAAGUUUUGGCCGAUUACCGAUUAGUCUCAAACGGGCUAAAAUUGACCGAUUUCAUCGGCGGGCUCUACUGAAAAUGUCCGUUCUUUGUAUUGAAAAGUCGCAUAGACGCUUAAUAAACACUUAAUUUUUUUGAACAAACUGGUGAAAAAGGCUGGCUCUGUAGUUGGAUUCAAGCUGGACUCAGUGGAGGAUGUGAUGGAGAGAUCUACACUGAGGAAGGUGGAGACUAUUCUAAAGAACAUGGAUCACCCACAUCACAACACCUUAAUGGACCAAAAGGCCAAUGGUGGUGGACGGCUCCUCAGCCAUCCGACUUUACAACUCUUCUGUAAAUAGUAGAUGACUUUUAGAGAUAUGACAAAUGAGACGACAUACAAUUGAAUUUCCCUUUGGGGAUCAAAAAAGUUCUUCUUAUUCUUAUUCUAAAUAUUUUGUUUUAAACUCCUGUCAACCCAUUCUGCAUUCAUUUACAAACACAUUUGAGCUUAGUAAGUCAAACAAAUAGAUGAAGUGUGAUUCCUCUGUGCUCUUUGACAGUAGAUCAGAGGACACACCAGUCACAAACCCUGUGUAGAUCCGGGCUCUGAGCGUGUUAAAUGUUGUCACAGUGUAAGCGCAUGUAGAUAACAGUGUUAGGUUGUUCCCUCGGGUUAUUUAAAGUUGAUGUGUAAAGAAUACGAAUGCCUGAAAGGCUGCUGUAUAGAGGGAAGCACUGCAUUCCUCCCCUCCCUGAUGCUCUGACAUAUUGACAGCUUGAUUGUUGUAUGCAGAUCUCACAGGGGAAUAUGGGAUGUCUGAGAAAAUGCUGAAAAGCUCAGGCAAGCUUUUAAAGGGGGAGCUGUUAGCUUUUGAUUUAGUCUCUUUGUUGCUGUCAUGACCAUUGACAACUUAUGGUUGAAAUGUAACGCUAUUGUUGCAGAGGGAGACUGUUAGUGCUCAUAGGCUUGUCAGCUGUGUUUCUGUUGUUCUCUUACCGUGAAUUUGACCCCUAGCUUGUGUCGCCUGAGAAAGCAAAGCCUUCUACAAAGCGUCAAACCAUCUGGCAGUGACUAUGCUGUGUGUGUCCGCAGAUGAAGGUGGCCGCAAGAGCAGAGGCGUAAUAAUUUUAAAUGUCACACAGGGACGUGAAGAUUGACCCAAUUUAAACCCUUUUCCCAUUAACUGCUGUUUCCGUUGACCUUGUGAGCAGCAGAAUACUCGCAAAUCUUUACCUGGCUGGCAAUCACAGCAGUCAUGACCAAUCAUUAGCCAGGCCAGCACUCCUGACUGCAGAGCCAGCGCUUAAGCUUUAACUGGAACUGCACACCGUCUUCAAACUCCAACCGAAGCAGGCUCCCCGGAGGAAAGGUGCAGUUUGCAAUCAUUACUCUUUCUCUGCCUCCAUCACUCUCAGGUUUCCUGUUAUUCAUUCACUCUCUUGGUAUUUCAAACACCCACUCACCCAUGAUUCUAAGACACGAGCUGCAGAACACCUGGUACACACGUAAAGGCCUUCUGCACUAUCUUUGGUCACAUAAAGCUGUACGGUGAACUUGCACGCCAGGAUUUAAUCGAGCUUUAAAACAUGUGAAUGGUUUGGGUUGUUCUCUUCAGAGCGAGAUCCCACUCUCCACAACAACAUCUGUAUAAGCAGCUGGCUGUGGUUAUUCAAUCCCUGUGCAAAACAGCUAACCUAACCCAAAUUCAAUAACUCUAUAGCUUUGGCUUUGCUCAAGAGCCGGUAAUAGUGUCGUGUUUCACCUGAGACAAACAGGCAUAUCAUAAGCAGCAGGUUAUGGUGAUUACAUGUUACGCUUUGUGAUUAGUAAGCUAAUUUGGGGCUGAUUGAGACAGAGAAAGUAGGAGUGAAAUAGGAUUAAGAGGAAAUCUAAGGAUUGUCUCACGGGGAGACAGAGCAGCAGGUUCAGAUUCUCCUCUUGACAUUGGUGUUGCAUUAAUCUCUCUACCUUCUCUGUUCUGCUCUACUUUCAGACUUCCUGUUUAAGUUCUUGGUGAUUGGCAGCGCUGGGACGGGGAAAUCCUGCCUCCUACACCAGUUCAUUGAAAACAAGUGUAAGUGUACCCUCUUUGAAGCCCAUUAGCCACAGCAGGUUCGCAGCGAACAUAAUUAUAUUAUUUCACAGACAGAAAGAAAUCGAAGUGGGUGUGAAAUUAGAGUUGAAAAAGAAACUGUCUCACUCUACUGCAAUGUCCGACUGAAACAGAUGGAGAUAUUUUGUAUUUGCUUAGAUUCUUCACAGGUUAGAAAUGGUAAAUACAGAGCCAGUAAAAUAUCAUGUCAUCACAUUGAUGCCACCCAUCACUUCCUAAAGAUGUAUUAUGAAGCUGAAAGGUGGGGGUCACUUAUUUAAAAAAGCUGACUCAGUUGCCCAUCCCGAUGUCCAUCCUGGAGUCCAAGCGCUGAAUCAACCCUCAUGGACUCUGAUGGUAUCAGGUUUACUGUACAUGAGUCUUUAAGGGCUGGAGGUUGUACAAAAAUGAGGAAGGGGACACACCUCCUCAACAUCACACACUGCAUGGUAACGAAAUGCUUCAUAUAAUAAGAAAAUCAUCUAAACAUGAUGAUGAACAGCGGAAAUUCUUAAAAUACAUGCAGUAACUCACACGUUAAUUCAAUUCAUGCCCGCUUUGUUUAAAUUCAGUCGUCUUCUGUCGGAUUUAAGUGAACAUUGCUUCAAUAAACGGACAUUUGUCAACUUGGCCACACCCCUAACCAGGCCUAAUGAUGAUGGGUUAGUCAUACUCUGUACCAUAGAGACCCAUGUUAGUGUAUGUACCAGGAUGUAAAUGUGUAACGCUCUGCUGGGGCCUCACAGGGAUUUUUUUUUCUUUUUUUUUUUUGGCUUAUGGUUUUUGCAUACCCUGCACUGACUUCCGCUUUCAACACUGGAGGCUGCAACUUACAAUGACUUUACAGUUCUGUGGCUGAAGCCUGAGAAAAUCCAUAGUUCAUGUUAGAGAUUGAAAAAUGCUGUCUGGUUUGUAGAAACAAUCUAUAAGAUAUAAAAGGAAAGUGCAGUGCUCUAAAAAGUCGUUCCUCUAAAGUUACAAUAAACUUCAAUACAAAUUAGGUUCAGCCCAGACUUUGUGUAUCAAACAACGAUCCACUAAAACACCCCAAAUGAUAAAGACCUCUGGUUCAUUCGUCACCCAUCUGUAAGUGUGACAGUGAAGAUUAUUGCAGGACUUUUUUAUUUAAAGAUUAACAAUGAAGGAGUAAUCAGUUAGUCAGUAAGGAAGCCAGUCAGCUUGCGAAAACUUUGAUAUUUGCUAGUACAGGUGUAAAAACCCAAUUUGUCUUUCGAGACUUAUGUUGAAACAUCGUUGAAACUCAAGAGGACACCCUCACACGCUUGUAUCAAUUUAAUUAAAGGCAUGUUAGGUCCCUGCGCUGUCGCUGGAGAAGAAAAGGAGGGCAAGCUGACUGUGUAAAUCUCAUCUGAACUACCUCCAGUCUCUCAUGUGGAAAUAAGCUGUUUGAAGAUAAUGACUUGGGUAUUUUAGAGAAGCACAACACACCUACAUAUUUCAGAUUAGAGUAGCAGUCUGGAGAAAUGUUGGAAGUGUUUUCUCUCUUGUGUCAGUGCACACCUGCUUGGUGAAUGGAAAGGCUUUACUUCGCGAGUACAAAAAUCCAUCUGCCUAAGUUAGCUUUUGUGCUCCGUGGUUAUCUCAUCCUUGUUUCGCUUUCUCUCCUGUGUGUCCAUGUUGCAGUUAAACAAGACUCCAACCACACCAUCGGCGUGGAGUUCGGCUCCAGAGUGGUCAACGUCGGCGGGAAGACGGUCAAACUGCAGAUCUGGGACACUGCUGGGCAGGAGCGAUUCCGGUAAAAGAAAAAACUUAGGGUUAGGAAAACAUGGCACACAGAGUUUAUAGGAAUAACCGAGCACACAUGCUGUCCUUGGGCAACAUCCAGCUUCAAACAGUAACCCCCCAAACAGAUGCCACACCUUUGAGCGGCUCCAGCAGAGGAAAUCUGUGCUUGACUGAGGAUAAACUCCCAACACAAGGGGCAUAUUCUCUUCGAAUUCACCUGGCAGAUUUCAUCAGCUGAUGUUGACAUGGUGAAUGAUCUGUUUCAAUCAAGUUUUCCGCUCUCUCUUCACAGUUCGGUUACACGCAGCUACUACAGGGGAGCAGCUGGGGCGCUUCUGGUCUAUGAUAUAACCAGGUAGAGUAAUCCUUGCACUCAAGGCCCUUAUGCUUUUGCUGAACUCAGACCUUUAGUUGUUGCAAAUUGAAGCCUAUAAAUGAUGGCAGAUGUACAGACAUUAUUUAAACUGUAUUUUUAGGGCAAAAACUGCAAAAAAAAAAAACGCAUUUCGAACUGUUAAAAUUGGAUCUAGCUGGACUUGACAUUGAACUGUACCGAUCUGUGAGGCUGAAGUGUAAAUGGCUUUCACAUUUAAUCUGUCUUUAUUUUUAUGAGCACCUUUUAUUGUUUCAUUCAGUCAGAGAAAAAAGAAAAAAGUCCAAUAUGUUUCUAACACAUCCAUAAAUUCAGCAUUUUAAUACCUUUAUACAGUGAGAUCUAGACGCUUGGAUUUCAUCAGCUGUUGGUUGCGAAAAAGUGAUUGUGAAAUCAAGAUGGAGUGAAAGUAGUUAUGCAGAGAGACAGAAAUUUAAUACAGUUAGUGUUUGUGAGAAUCUAUGGGCUUUUGUCGAGUGCAGAGUGACAGGCGCUGUAAUGUAGAGGCAUCCUCUGGCAGGCAGCAGCAGCAGCAGCAGAGAGAGGGAAGCAGAAGUCCAUCACAGAAAGUGUCACCUGAGGGGAAAACAAACAGGGAGAGGGGGGAAGGAGAAAACUGCAGCCGGAUAGAGCGCGAGAGGGAGGAGAUGGAAAACAACAGAGUGAGCGUGGAGAUGGAGACAUUAAUCACUUUUCACAGGUGAAAAGGUUAGCAGGAAGACAGACAGGAGAGUAGCAGGAGAAAGAGUGUGAGCCUGAUUGCAGCCGAGCCGCUCGGUCCCAUCAGCGUGUGGAUGUGGAGUGACGUCAUUCUCUGGCUGUGUGUGAAAGCAGCUGUUAAACAUUAUUCUGCCGACCCACACCCUACUGCUCACCACUCUCUUGUUGCCAUGGACAUCAGGGUCCUAUUUGGACACCUAGCGUUGGCUUCAUACAAUGAUCAGCCUUUGCUGCAGAAGGAUUAUUAUUAAUUUGAUGAUUUGUUAUGCAGGUAUGACGUGCCGCAUGUACCUGCGAGUAGAAAACAGAAACACUUUGUACCAUCUGUACUAUAGUUGGUGACGAUUUCCAAAAGCAUUUUCCAAAAGUACUUUCACAGUCAUCACCGUCAGGUUCAGGGGACAGUAUUUGCAAGCCUAUCUGACCCUGGAGACUAUGCAAAAUAAUAAUCUGCCCCCAACAAGGAACCAGCUAUUGUGCUCACGAGUCUGUCUGUCUGUUUUGUUCUGUGUUCCAGUCGAGAAACAUAUAACGCUCUCACCAACUGGCUGACAGAUGCACGGACUCUGGCGAGCCCUAACAUUGUUAUUAUCCUGUGUGGCAACAAGAAAGACCUUGAUGCAGACAGAGAGGUGACUUUCCUGGAGGCGUCCCGCUUCGCUCAGGAGAAUGGUAACUGAUUUGAGACGUGCAUUAUCCCCGUGUCUUCGUUUUCUUUCAACCAUUGGUCUGCUUUCUCCUCUUUUUCCUCCACCUUGAAUUUGUACUUUUUUUUUUUUUUCAAAUGUAGAGCUAAUGUUCUUGGAGACCAGUGCUCUGACAGGGGAGAAUGUAGAGGAGGGUUUCCUAAAGUGCGCUCGCACCAUCCUCAACAAGAUCGAUUCAGGUACUCCUCCCUGUUUCUUUGUUAAAGAGGUGUGUUGAAGCUGUCUGUCUGUGUCUGUGAGUGUAUGCAAAUUUACCUGACAGUGUUUCCCUGCCCCUGCUGACAGUGUUUCUUUACACCUCCUUUCAAAGGUGAGUUGGACCCAGAGAGGAUGGGUUCAGGUAUCCAGUAUGGCGACGCUUCGUUGAGGCAGCUGCGACAGCCGAGAGGCACCACCACACAGAAUAAGCAGCAGUGUAAUUGCUAGGGAUUUGGGGGCCACACCCCUGUCUCUGCCAUCAGGCCCACACAGACAGGACGCCCCCUACAGGUUAGUGGCAUUAGACUUCAGUAGGAUAUAAGAAGAAAUAAGCAAUUUACCGUAAACUAAGUUAAAUUCUUCUUUUGUUUCAGCUCCAGGUGUUUUUGGGUGUGUGGGAUGCUUCCCUCUGCAGUCUCAUACACCUUGGAUCACCUGGAGGAGUGGUCCUGGAGAUCACCGCAACCCUGUUGCCCCUGCGUCUGGGUAGGGAGACCCCUCAGUGUGAAGAGGAACUUUCUUCUUUUAAAAAAACGUUCCUCUGUAACUUACCAGACGAGGAGGAUGUUGAGGGUUGUGCGUAUGGGCUGUCCUGCUGUUGUUUUGUUUUUUUGUGCUUUGUCAUCCUGGUUUUUAGUUAUCCUGACAUGCUUUCCAUGUUUGCACAUCAUCGUUUGCAAGUAAACUAUUUUCCGCAUAUUCACCAUUUUUAAGCGAUCAGAGCCCGGACGUGUCCCUUUAUGAGUAAACAAAGCCAACAGUCACUGAUUGUUGUCUAGACCUGCUGUAGAUAUACUAUAAGCCAGAAUCAAUGCAAGUCUAUGUGAAGAUUUCUGAAGUUGAUGUCCAGGUAACUUCUCCUGAUCCGAACAGAAACUGUUAGUCCAGGAGUCAAGUUCAUGUAUUUAGGACUCGCAGGCUCAAAUGUAGAGCGCUGUUUUUUUUUCCACCCACAAAAAAAAUGUGUCGCAUCAACUCAUCUGACCUUUGGGUUAGCAUUUAAAAGCACUAUUAAGACAUAGCGUGUUGGCCUUAGUAAUAUGCUCAAUGUUGUGGAUCUACAGUAUAUUAUUCCAAGUCACCAUGUCUCUGAACUGUCCAGUCACUCCAUUUUUUUACCCCCCAAAAAAUGAGCCUAAAGGUCUGGUUUAAAGCACAAAAAAGGCGAUUUUGCUGUUAUAUUUAACUUCAAAGUUCCCAAAGUCUGUAGAGGAUCAUUCUCAGAUUCAGCCCACAGUGAAGUCUCUUCUGUGUCUCUGGUCCUAUCUCGGUGGAAGGUAGAGAAAUAACUGUGAAUGUUUGCAAAACUUACAUUGUUUUUUCCUCUUGCUGGGCUUUUUCUUACAUAUUCAGGUCCUCCCUGUAAUCCGUGCAGCACAUACUGUAGGAGAGACGUCACAGGAAACCACAGUUAGUUUUGCCCCUGUGCCAUGUUUUGGGAACUUUCUCUCAGCCCACGCAGUUCCCUCAUACAGCUUUGACACUGUUUAAUCAUGAAAGGUUGUAAGAGCACAGCGAGUCAGGAUUCUGUUUUAAAGCUUUAUUCGCUCCCCUUUUCACGGCUGCUGAGAUUACUGAGCCGACCCAGAUGUUUUCUCCUCAGAACAGACUGAUGCCCCAGAGAGAAACAGGGGAUUUCCACUCAAACAUGGUUUCCUCUUGGUGUGUAACACCAACAGCGUGGUUUGUGGUGCUGCUGGGGGAGAAUGAGGUAGCAAAUUAAUCACUUAUAAAAACAACAUCUACUCCCUCUUUUCUGUCUAAACCACUGAGAGCAGGUUGUUCUGACCAGCUGAGAGGAGAUUCAAACAAACUGCACACUGACUUUUUUUUUCUCACAUCUUUAACUCAAGUUUUUGCUCCUCUCUUUCCAGACAAACCAUAUGUGUUUAAAGCUCAAUUAAGCUACGGCAGGAAAAACACAGUGAGUUGUGCAAACAUGAUAAAGUAUAGGAUAUGAAGAGACAGAUUGUCAAAAUAAUGUAGAAUUCACAUACUGAUUUUCAGAUACUGGCAUUGUGUGAUAGUUUGUCUCCUGCAAGUGCACUUUUACUUUUGAGUUUUUCAUGUUUGUUUUUGUUGAUAUGCUGCAACUAUAGAAAUGUACAUUUUAUUUUACUUGAACAGUAUACUGUAAUAAAGAUUUUAAUUGUAGAUGUUAUCAUUCUUACUAAAGAACAACUGAGCUUUUUUCAUUUAAUUUCCUUGUUUGUGCUGCCAUGAGGCCAGACCGCUGUACUGCUGAUAACCUCCUGCUGUAUGAGCUUUCAUCCUUUUAUUGCCCACUGCCGGUGUUGAGGCAGCAAUGACAGGAGGUCCACUUCCUGAGCUGCAGGAGGCUUCUUGCAGGCGGUUGAAUACUGUUGAAUCAAAGCUCCUUCAGUGAGCUCGCAUUCACCUGUACAUUACCUGUGACAUUAUUCAUGACAGCCAUACAUUUCCUCAUUUCUUCCUGUCUGGAUCAAUCACAUUAUGAAGGCAAUCUAACUCAGUUGUUGCUUAGUAACUAAUGUUAUAUAAUCAAAAUAAAUUCUACUGUACAUCUAAGUAACCUGUACUGUAAAUAAGAUUUGUCUACUGUCUAUUGAGGGUGAGUGUUGCUCAUUGAUUGUAAUGAUUAUGCAAUUACCAGUAAACUGCUUGUUUUUUCAUUGAGA